AUGGAACGCACAUGGGAGAUUGGAGUUUGGCUACUGAUAGCCACGUGCCCCCACCACAGCCAGCUCCUCCCCGUCUUCACCAGCCCCCAUAAAAGCACUGCCCUGUGUGAGCACCAGUAUCCACCACUGCUUCCUGGCUCAGCUUGGGAAAAGGGUGAGUGGCCGUCCCUCCUUUGGCUGGUCCUUGGGUGGAUCACUGGGGCAGGGGAGCAGGAUGCUGUGGGGGCUCAGCUCUCUCACACCAAGAUGUCUUGCUACGACCUGUGCCCACCAAAAACCAGCGUCGCCGUGCCCCAGCCCAUCGCUGAGAGCUGCAACGAGCUGUGCGCGCGCCAGUGCCCCGACUCUACGGCCUUCAUCCAGCCACCGCCCGUCGUCGUCACCUUCCCCGGCCCCAUCCUCAGCUCCUUCCCCCAGCAAGCCGUGGUGGGCUCCUCCGGAGCACCCGCCUUUGGCGGCUCCCUGGGGCUGGGGGGCCUCUACGGCGCCGGGGCCACUCAGGGCUCGGGGGGCCUCUGCACCUUUGGCAGACCCUACGCUUCUCCUGCCUGCAACCCCUGCGCCUUGCCCCGCUACAGCAGGAAGCUCUGGAACACCUGUGGGCCCUGCUAAAAUCACUCUUUAAUCUCCUCACCUCUUCCUUCCUCAUCCUCUGUGCUGAUUUCUGAUGCCCACUUUGUUUUUUAUGGUACUGAACUGGGCCCUGUGCUGGCCACUGCCUUGAAGAUGGCUCAAAAAACAC